ACUAUUUAUAAAACGAGUUUACAAUAAUAAUUUCCAUAAACGAAUCGAUUGCAGAUAAGGUAACACCAAAGAUGCAGCUAGUUUUUGUGCUGGGCACUUUAGCCCUCGUCGCUUUUACGAGCGCAAGGGAAAUCAUAGAGAAACGCGACGUUGAUCUAGAACCGGCGGCGUCCCACCAUUUCGAAAAGGGUGGAGGUAAGGAACAUCAUCACCACCACCAUCAUGGCCACGAAGAGAAAGGCCACAAGGAACAUAAGGGACACCACCACCACGAACACGGGCACAAGGGCCAUCACGACCACGAAGGGCACAAAGGACAGCACCACGACCACGGCGAACACAAGAAACACCACCACCACGAGGACGGCCACCACCACCAUCACCACCACGGCGAGAAAGGUGAGAAAGGACACGGAUUUGAAGAGAAGGGCCACUAUCACAAGGGACACUCGACUAAAGGACAUCACGGAGUGCACAAAAUAGACGAGUUCAAGAAGAACAAACACUUCCACGACAAGCACGGAGAGUCCGGCUAUCACGAGGGCCACGGAGGCCACCACGAAGACCACGGCCACAAGAAGGGCGGCCACUUCCACCACGGUCACAAACACGACGGCCACCAUGAGCAUCACCACGGCAAGAAGGGACACCACGAGAAGGGAGGCCACCAUCACGAGCACGAGGGUCACCACGACGAGGGCGGCCAUCAUGAGCAUCACCACCACCACAGCGGCCACGGAAAAAAAGGAGGCCACGAAGACCACAAACACUGGGGCUUCAAAAAGGGACAUUAAGCAGUAGUCAUUGUAUAAAGUAGAGAUGUUAUGUUUUCAUAUGUAUUGUUAUUUAAUUUAUAAUUUAUAUA